AUGACAUCUGCAUUAAGAGUUUUGGUAUGCGGAGAUCAUCCGAACCUCAUUUUAUACACAUCUAGGUUUCAGCAUGCUAAAAAUAUAGAGUUCUACCUUGUGAACAAUUUAGAGAACGCUGCCUACGAGGUUAGUUCAUUAUUUUACGGGACAGAACAGUUUCAAAUUCAGAAUCAUUUUCAAUCUCUCCAAGAUUUAAUAAACCUCAACAAUGGAAGUAGAAAUGGGGAUUUGAUAUUUGACUUGAUAAUAAUGAGUGCGUCUUCACUGCAAGAAAUUCCGCAAGUGUUGAGAGAUUUGAAAACAAUGAUGAAUAAAAGCACGAAAGUAUUAUUUGAAAGUAGCGGAUUUGUCUAUUUGGAGCCAUUUAUUAAGGCAUCGGUUGAUCUGUCGCUAUCAAAUAUUUUUAGCAUCUUUACAGAUUAUGAUAUGAGACGUUUGGACAAUGGUUCGUACAAACAGUACACAACUGUGAAUACUAAAUCCUUUUUUGUUUCGAUCGGUCAAACACCCUCUGUCCAGGAGAACAGUUAUUCAAGUGACAUUAUCCCUAUUUUGAAUACGUUUCAGAGGUUAUUUCAAAAGCUGUUUCCUAAGGACAUCGUGACACUCUAUGAUUAUUCUCCUUCCACUUUCUUGAGCAAACAGUGGGAGUUGGCUCUACCUCAAAUAUGUUUUGAUCCUUUAUUAAUAAUAUUAGAAGAGAAGGUUCCAUCAAAUUUGGAUGGGAAUGUCUUGGCUAAACCUCUCAUUUCAGGUUUAUUAGGCGAAAUUCUACUGCUAAUAAAAAAAAUGGGUGUAACCUUAGACAAUCCAAAUUUUCGAAAUGAGUCAACAAUAUUGAAACUUUGGAAGAAUAGAUAUGAGGAGUCACCUGAACUCCCUGCACUUCUGUACAAUUUCAUCCAUAAAUCUUCAUCUUUAAAUAUUGAUUUGCUGUUAUUACAACCGAUAUUGCUAGCAGAUGACUUUGGGGUCAAGACGCCAUAUUUAGAAUGUUUGUUUACAAUGAUGAGUCAGUAUCAAUUAUUGAAUAGGGGCGAAUCUGAAUGGUUCAUAAGAAAGGACAAUAGCACAGCUUUAACUUGCGUUGAUGACUUACAAGAUAAUAUUGCACUAAAUGACAAAAAAAUCAUGCAGUUGCAAAAUUUGGAAGCGACUCAAAAAAAUCAGAUAAAACAACUUCAAAACCAAAUUAUAAGCCUAAAACAGGAACUUUCCUUCGAGAAAUCAAAUCACGAACAAGAGUUGGGUGUUUUAAAAAAGAAAGUGCAAAUGGGCAGUCCGUUAUCCGACUGCAAUCUAUCACAAAUUAAUACUACUGAUAUACCUAGUUCUGAUAAAGUUAUCAAUGAUGAUACAAAUUACGAAAAAAGCGAUCAUGGCAAUAACAGUAGCAGUAAUGAUAGCAGAAGACAGUCUUUUUUCAACUCAACAUCGGACACAACAUUAUCCAGAGAUGAAACCUCAUUGAAAGAACGUGAAUUAGAAGUGCGAAUGAAGGAAUUGGAACUUCAAGAGCGUGAAUUAGAAUUGCAGAGGAAAGUUCUCCAACAACAGCAAUAUCAUCAGAGACCGCCUAAACAGGGAUACACUGGUAUACCUGGCACGCCGACUACCAGCAGUAAUAAUAAUAAUAUUAAUAGCAAUAACAAUAAUAAAGGUUACAAUCCAAGUAGAAAAUCAUCUUAUAGUCAACCUCAACAUGUGUCUAUGAUGACUAGCAGAGGCUUACAUGGUCCAAAUGUCGCAAGUCCUAGCCCCGUUCUUUCGGCUAACAACUUUGUUGAUCCAAUAUCUUCUGGGACACCAUAUAACAGUAAUAAUGCUCGGUUCAGUCAACAAAUUCAACCACAGCAGUAUAUGCACACUGUUAAACCUACAAGUAGGAAGAACAGAAGUAGUGUCAUGCCUAAUGUAGGCUAUGUUCCUGGGCUAACUAGCAAUGGGUAUGGUAGAAAAUUUAGUGGUAAUGCUUUGAACGGUACACAAAGUCGUUUGAAUUCACUUUCAAAUCAAAGUACCUUUAGAUCUCAACAAGGUCCACCUAUAGUACAGCAAAAAUCCUUUCAAAAUAAUGGCGGUAGUACAAGGACUAAUCGUAUAUCUACCACGAAUUACAAUGAUUUAAAUCAAAAACCGGGGUUUGCUAACUCUAUUUCAAGCCCGAAUUUAAGCAAUAUAGAGAGUAACAUUAACGUACAAAAGAAUAGAAAUGCGGAUUCUGCUCCGUGUGUUAAUGAACUGAACAAUAUUUCCCAGCCUCAAUUACAACCUCAACCCCAAUACAGUACAUCAAAAGUUCCCCAGAUCAAUAUAACGCAACCAUCACCAAUUCAAACCAAAUUUAAUACAAGCAGUAAUCCUGUUCCUGUAAUGGAAUAUACGGCACCUUCAGAGGAUACAACUUCAAACGCAACUACAAAUAAUGAUAGAAGUGUAUUGGCAGAUGAUAGCUGCAAAGAGGAAGUUAAGGAAAAAAAGAAGAAAAAGUUCAGUUUUUUUGGAAAGAGAAAGAAAUGA